AGAUAUAUAAAAAGAUUGAAGCUUACCCAAAAUCCAAAAUGUAACAAUCUUUUCUUUAUAGAAAUUCACGGAAGAACGAACAACAGAUUCAUCAAGUCCCUUCCUUUUCCUCCUCUCUAUCUCUCUCUCUCUGAAAACUCCACCGCAUAAAUCACAAUCUGUUUGGUCCAACUUGUGAGUCCCCUGAAACCAUCCAUGUGAAUUUUUGAUGGGUCCCUUCUGAUCCCUCUUCUCUGUAUAUUCCACGAUCAUCACGAUCUCCAGGAACAGAGAACUUUUAUGUUUGUGUUUGGUCUUUUUUUUUCACUGAUCGCUUAAUAUAUUAUUUGAUCAUCGUUGGUGGUUAUGAUCUGGGUUUGUUGUAACUGUAAACUGCUUUUGUAAUCAGUUGUGUUUGUAAUGAUCUUCUGUUUAUGUGAUCUUAUUAUUGUCUUAAAAACAUGAACAGCAUUUCUCUCACGAUCGGUGUUCUUCACUACUUACCAUCAAAGUUGGCUAGGGCUCUGCAAAACUGGAGCAGUGACCAAUGGACAGUACUAUUACUACUGCAACAUCAAAUGGUGUUAGCCCUGCUGCUACGUUGCAACUCCAUAGCAUCAUCCCAGAGAAUCCGACAAUAGCUAUGGAGUUGCCCUCCUUUGUGUCUCUGAAACGACAAUUCCUUGGAAACUCUGCUCCUGGUGACUUCUUCCUUGCUUCUUGUCCUUCCAUUGCCCUUCAUGUUCUCACAACAUGUGACUUGGAUCCUCGUGACCUUGCCAAACUCGAGGCAACAUGUUCCUUCUUUAGGAAACCGGCAAACUUCUCACCAGACCUUGAACUCUCCAUCUCCGAAGUUGCAGCUCUUGACAUUUGCCAAAAGAGGGCGAUAUUUAAACGUAUGGGAGAGGAAGAACGCCAAGAAAUCAAAAGGAAAUGCGGAGGCUCGUGGAAGCUGGUUCUAAAGUUCUUGCUAGCUGGUGAAUUUGGUUACAGGCGGGAAAAAUCACAGGCACUUGCUGGUCCUGGUCAUAGCAUCGCCGUCACAUCCAAUGGCGUUGUUUACUCAUUCGGAUCCAACGGUUCAGGACAACUCGGACAUGGAACCGUUGAAGACACUUGGCAGCCACAACCAAUCAGGUCACUUAAUGGGAUAAGAAUCAUUCAAGCAGCUCUUGGAGCUGAUAGAACAAUGCUAAUAAGUGAUGCAGGUGAAGUGUAUGCCUUUGGAAAAGAUUGUUUUAGCGACCCUGGUUUAGAGAUUCAACAAACUAAGGUCAUCACAACUCCUCAGCGAGUCAAGUCCUUGACGGAGAUCUUCGUGGUUCAAGCUGCUAUUGGAUAUCACUUCACAGCGAUUUUGUCUAGAGAAGGCAGAGUGUAUACAUUAUCAUGGGGGAAGGAUGAAAAACUUGGUCAUGGAACCGACCUUAACUGUUUGUUGCCUCAACCUUUGUUGGGGGACUUGGAGAACGUCCCUGUUGUGCAAAUUUCUGCUGGCUUUUGCUAUCUUCUUGCUCUAGCUUUUCACCCCACUGGCAUGUCGGUGUACUCUGUUGGAUGCGGUUUGGGUGGGAAGCUUGGACAUGGCUCAACAAUUAGUGAGAAACAGCCUCGGUUGAUUGAGGAGUUUAGUCUUUUGAAGAUGGAACCGGUUAUGAUCUCAGCAGGGGCAUGGCAUGCUGCUGUAGUUGGGAGAGAUGGGAGAGUGUGCACUUGGGGAUGGGGAAGGUAUGGCUGCUUGGGUCACGGAACAGAAGAGUUGGAGUUGGCUCCUAAGGUCGUUGAAGGAUUAAAGGAUAUUAAAGCUGUACACGUAGCUGCUGGAGAGUACACAACCUUUGUUGUGUCUGAUGAUGGUCAGGUUUACUCAUUCGGCUAUGGUGAAGUCAAUCUUGGUCAGCAGGGGGAUGUGGAGGAGAAUACACUUACUCCGAGGCUGGUUUCAUCGUUGAAGGAGACAAAAGAGCGUGUGGUUCAUGUGAGUUUGACAAAGUCAGUGUCAUUUCCCUGGACUGGUCAUACAUUUGCAAUGACAGAGUCAGGGACAUUAUAUGCGUUUGGGUCUGGCGGGAGAGGGCAGCUCGGGGUGAAGCUUGGUGAUAACGUUAUGGAAAGAGAAGAACCAGCUAAAGUUAUUGGUAUUGAUCUUUCUUAGGUAUUUGGAAAGAAAAAUAAUUUAGGUUUACAUCACCAUUGGUCUUUGACUAAAAGAAAUGGUUGUACAUAGUAGUAACAGAAGGACAUUGAAGAUGGUUAUGGUUUUUUUUUUCUUAGUUUUGGAGGAUAUUUUUAUUGGAUAUUUUGCUUUGAAAGUUUACCAUUUAUAUC